AUAAAGUUUAAUCAAACGCAGUGGAUUGUGGGUCCGCUAUGGCGGCCCUGUGCUGUUGUUUGUAAGAUCUACACAAUAUUUACAGUAUACAUGAACUGAAAUUAAAGCUUACCUUGAGGACAAGAGUUUACAUCCACUAGUCUGUUUUAGGUUGUACAAUAUUUACGUAGCACCCAACUUUAUAAACCAUCGAUAUAGUAUUUUAUCGUCGCCCCUGAGCUGCCCGAGAGAAGAUGGAGGAUGAUGCCACUCUCCACCGUCUGGAGGGCAGCAAUUCCGGCGCGGAGGUCGGCGGGCUGAUCGUGAAGAAGAAGAGCGCCGUGUCGGAGCAGCACGUCUUCCGGCCACCGACCCCUCGCACCUCCCUGUUGGGCCUCGAUCUUCUGGCGGCACAGAAGCGCAAGCAGCGUGAGGAGAAGGACCGGCAGGAGGCCGAGGACGACGCCAAGAAGACAAAGAAGUCCAAGGUGUCUUCAUACCGGGAUUGGGAGGACGGCAGAGCCGACUCUGGGUCUGAUGAUGAAGAUGAUGAUGAAGAGGGCAAGGGGGACAAGAAAGAGAGGAAAUAUCGUGUCACAGGGUCUGAAACGCCGUCCAACCCCGGUGGAGUUAGUGAAGAGUUUCGGAAGAGACACCAGCAGAGGGAAAAAGAAUGGCGUGAACACGGAGUUUAUGCCUCGUCCAAGGAGGAGAGGAAACGAGAAAGGGACAGAGAUCGGAGAGAUGAGCGGGAGCGCAGCCAGCGUAGCACCAGCAGGGGGAGCUCUGAGAGGGGUGAGCGUAGUGAGCGCUCGCAGAGAGAGGGUUGGUCUGAGCGGCUGAGUCGAGGAAUAAAGAAGGAUGAGCCCGAGAGCCCUCGACACCGGCCCAGAGAUGCUCCCACGCCGUCGCGCUCCAGCUGGGACGAGGAUGACAGUGGCUAUGUUAGCUCCCGGCGUUCCCAUUGGGAAUCUCCAUCCCCAGCGCCCUCACACCGGGAAUCGGACAGGUCUGAACGGAGCCACCGCUCUGGUCGGGAGAGCGAAAGGCGGGACCGGUCUGUGAGGAGCCGGUACCCGGCUGAUACCCCCCUGCCCACUCCCUCCUACAAAUACAACGAGUGGGCCAAUGACAGGAAGCACCUGGGCUCCACCCCCCGCCUGUCCCGCGGGAAAGGAGGAAAGAAGGAGGACAGAGAAGAUGGCAUCACGUUUGACACCGAGGAUGAGAGACAGCAGUGGGAGGAAGAUCAAAAGCAAGCCGACCGGGACUGGUACAUGAUGGAUGAGGGCUAUGACGAGUUCCACAACCCGCUGAACUCCAGCUCAGACGAGUACGUCAAGAAGAGGGAGCAGAUCCUGCAGAAGCAGACACAGAAACGCAUCUCUGCGCAGAAGAGGCAGAUCAACGAGGAUAACGAGCGCUGGGAGACCAACCGCAUGCUGACCAGUGGGGUGGUGCACAGACUGGAGGUGGACGACGAGUUUGAGGAGGACAACGCUGCCAAGGUGCAUCUGCUGGUGCACAACCUGGUGCCCCCUUUUUUGGAUGGCAGGAUCGUCUUCACCAAGCAGCCUGAGCCCGUCAUCCCGGUGAAGGACCCCACGUCUGACCUGGCCAUCAUCUCCCGCAAGGGCAGUCAGCUGGUGCGCAAGCACCGGGAGCAGAAGGAGCGCAAGAAGGCCCAGCACAAGCACUGGGAGCUGGCGGGCACGAAACUGGGCGACAUCAUGGGCAUCAAGAAGACUGAGGAGGAGGACACCAGUGCGGGCAAACCAGUGGGCGAGGAUGGCGCCGUGGACUACAGGGCUGAACAGAAGUUCGCUGACCACAUGAAGGAGAAGAGUGAAGCCAGCAGCGAGUUUGCCAAAAAGAAGACCCUGCUGGAGCAGAGGCAGUACCUGCCCAUCUUCGCCGUGAGACAGCAGCUGCUCAACAUCAUCAGGGACAACAGCAUCGUCAUCGUGGUGGGCGAGACGGGCAGUGGCAAGACCACGCAGCUGACGCAGUACCUGCACGAGGACGGCUACACGGGAUACGGCAUGGUGGGCUGCACGCAGCCGCGCAGGGUCGCCGCCAUGAGCGUGGCCAAGAGAGUGAGCGAGGAGAUGGGUGGCAACCUGGGAGAGGAGGUGGGCUACGCCAUUCGGUUUGAGGACUGCACCUCCGAAAAGACGGUGAUCAAGUACAUGACGGACGGCAUCCUGCUGAGGGAAUCGCUGCGCGAGUCGGAUCUGGACCACUACAGUGCCGUCAUCAUGGAUGAAGCCCAUGAGCGCUCGCUCAACACGGACGUGCUGUUUGGCCUCCUCCGGGAGGUCGUCGCCCGACGUUCGGACCUCAAGCUCAUUGUCACGUCUGCCACCAUGGACUCUGAUAAGUUUGCCGCCUUCUUUGGAAACGUCCCUAUUUUCCACAUUCCCGGGAGAACGUUCCCAGUGGAGAUUUUAUUCAGCAAGACGCCCCAAGAGGACUACGUGGAAGCCGCGGUGAAGCAGGCCCUUCAGAUCCAUCUGAGCGGGAUGCACGGUGACAUCCUUAUCUUCAUGCCUGGCCAGGAGGACAUUGAGGUGACAUCAGACCAGAUUGUGGAGCGCUUGGAAGACCUGGAAAGUGCUCCUCCACUGGCUGUCCUGCCCAUUUACUCGCAGCUGCCCUCAGAUCUGCAGGCCAAGAUCUUCCAGAAGGCUCCUGACGGUGUGAGGAAGUGCAUCGUGGCCACAAACAUAGCGGAGACCUCUCUGACUGUGGACGGCAUCAUGUUCGUCAUUGACGCGGGAUACUGCAAGCUGAAGGUGUUCAACCCUCGCAUCGGCAUGGACGCCCUGCAGGUGUACCCCAUCAGCCAGGCUAAUGCUAACCAGCGCUCCGGCAGGGCUGGCAGGACGGGGCCUGGCCAGUGCUACAGGCUGUACACCCAGAGUGCCUUCAAGAACGAGAUGCUCACCACCACCAUCCCGGAGAUCCAACGCACGAACCUGGCCAAUGUCGUACUGCUGCUCAAGUCACUGGGAGUCCAGGAUCUGCUGCUCUUCCACUUCAUGGACCCCCCACCGGAGGACAACAUGCUCAACUCCAUGUACCAGCUGUGGAUCCUGGGGGCUCUGGACAACACUGGUGCGCUCACCCCCACCGGAAGACUCAUGGUGGAGUUCCCCCUGGACCCAGCGUUGUCCAAGAUGCUCAUCGUCUCGUGUGACAUGGGCUGCAGCUUGGAUAUCCUCAUCAUCGUGUCCAUGCUCAGCGUCCCGGCCAUCUUCUACAGGCCCAAGGGUCGUGAGGAGGAGAGCGACCAGGUGAGGGAGAAGUUUGCCGUCCCCGAGAGCGACCACCUGACCUACCUCAAUGUCUACCUGCAGUGGAAGAACAACAAUUAUUCCAGCAUUUGGUGUAACGAGCAUUUCAUUCACACCAAGGCCAUGCGUAAGGUGCGAGAGGUGCGGGCCCAGCUCAAAGACAUCAUGGUCCAGCAGAAACUGGACCUGCUGUCGUGUGGCUCCGACUGGGACAUCAUCAGGAAGUGCAUCUGCGCCGCCUACUUCCACCACGCCGCCAAGCUCAAGGGAAUCGGGGAAUACGUCAACGUGAGGACCGGCAUGCCCUGUCACCUCCACCCGACCAGCUCACUCUUCGGCAUGGGGUACACCCCCGAUUACAUCAUCUAUCACGAGCUGGUUAUGACCACCAAGGAGUACAUGCAGUGCGUGACAGCUGUUGACGGGGAGUGGCUUGCUGAGCUGGGCCCCAUGUUCUACAGCAUCAAACACGCUGGAAAGACUAGACAGGAGAACCGGAGGCGCGCCAAGGAAGAGAUCUCCAUCAUGGAGGAGGAGAUGUCCCUGGCACAGCAGCAGCUGCGGGCACGGCGGGAUGAGCAGGAGAGGAAGAGCAACCUGGGCAGUACCAGGUCUGUGAAGAUCUGCACUCCUGGCAGAAAGGAGGAGGCCCCUAUGACCCCAAAGCGUACACCAGCUCGAUUCGGACUGUGAGCCUCUGCGGACAGAAACCUACCCCUCACCAGCAACACCAGCAGGCUUCUCACUUAGAGCGGAGGCCUCGCCUCUGGCCCACAGACAAACAGGUUUAAUCUGCCCACCUUUUUAAUGCAAGGAUGCAGUUUUACAGGGCUGGCCAGUAGAGGGCGGAAAAGUAUAAGACAUGACUGCACUGUGGAUAGAUCAGUUCCUCUGCUUCGAUUUUAAAUGUACUUGUUCUCCCGUCCCCACAAAAACAGUGGUAUUAAUAAGUCCAUUUGUUUUGAAUUCCUGUGACAUGGAGAGUAUAUAUAUUUUUGUUUUUAUGUGAUGGAAGCUUUUUAAAAUAAUGAGUAGUGUUUUGAUGUCUGGUGUUAUAGGAUUGGUCUGCCCAGGUUAUUGAAAUGAAAGCCCCUUCCCUCUGGUCUUUAAACCCCAUCACUUUAAUUUGCCGUUCGCUCCCAGCUCUCCUUCCAGCUGCCUCUGCCUGCAGGAACCUCAGAGGCUCGGGGGGCUUUAUCACGCCAUUGUUAUUCCUUAUCCUCCAUCUUAAAUGGACGUUCUUCCCAUUUUUUUCUGAGCUCAGAUGGCCAGGUAUAUGGUAUUCAGUGGUCAGGUUUAUAUUUUGUUUAUUUCCUUUUGUUUCUUUGGUACACCGUUCCAUGUCCCGGAACGAGAUUAGCCAAAAAAAAAAACCAUUAAAUGUAUUUUUCUAUGUAUAAAUAAAUGUAAUUUUGUGAUGUCGCAUCCUGACUCUGGAUGGCCGAUUUUGAUUUUAUGACCAUAGUUAGUCUGAGAAGCUGAAGGCGACACACGUCACACUGGGAACCAUGAUCCUAUCAGGCCCAGUUUGAGAGGUUCAUGCCUUGUUGUUUGUAGAAUGUUCCGCUUCGCAGUCUGUCCGUUAUGUGAGCUGCAGGAACAUAAUUCGGUAGAGUGAUGCAGUCGUUCGCAGCGGACGGAAAUGUAAUUUUCAAAUUGCUCUCAUCAGAUCGUUUCAUGACCUUUUGUAUACUACUUUUGAGAAGUGGUAUAAGCAUGCUGUGUAAAAGGGAUGUGCCCGUGAGUGGGUUUUAUGUUUUGCUUUCAGCGCUUACCUACCAGCUAUGAAUAAAUGCAUUUGUUUUUGUAAGGAUCAUGUAUAAAUAAUUUAAAAAUA